AACCAUUAGCAUAAUGUUGACUUGCAGAUCUUGCAUCUUCCAGUUUCAACACUUUCCUCAAGCUUGGAAGCUUAAGCAACCUCGUUACAGUUAAGAACUUCUAAAUCUGAACCUUGGAGCCUUAAGCAUCUCAGUGUUUCCAAAUCGACUGCGAUUUGCGGCCAUACCCUUACUUAAGUUGGGAAUAAAGUAAAUUUUCAAGAGAUAUCAACUAAAGAGAAGUUGAUAUUGGUCCUUAAAUCGAUUCCCAAUGUUUUUUUUUUUUUUUUUUUUUAACGAUUUGAUUUAGCUUUUCUUUCUGAGCUUGAAUGAGCGGAUCGUGGACUACAGUAGAUUGGGCUUGAGUUGCUGAGUUAGAGAAGGCACAGAUGGAGACUUAUCUGAACGAGAACUUUGGUGACGUGAAACCUAAGAACUCCUCGGAGGAAGCGCUUCAGCGAUGGAGAAAACUUUGUUGGCUUGUGAAAAACCGUAAGAGGAGAUUUCGCUUCACCGCUAAUCUCUCCAAACGAUUUGAAGCUGAAGCCAUAAGACGCUCUAAUCAGGAGAAGUUCCGAGUUGCCGUCUUGGUUUCACAAGCUGCACUGCAGUUUAUCCAUGGUCUAAAAUUGUCAAGUGAAUACACUGUACCAGAAGAAGUUAGAGCUGCAGGUUUUGAAAUUUGUGCCGAUGAGUUGGGAUCAAUUGUUGAAGGUCGUGAUGUGAAGAAGCUAAAAAUUCAUGGAGGGAUUGAGGGUAUUUCAAACAAGCUCGCUACCUCUUUAGACGAGGGGUUAUCAACAUCUGAGCAAUUAUUAAAUCAGAGGAAAGAGAUAUAUGGAAUUAACAGAUUCACUGAAAGCCCGGCCCGGGGGUUUUGGAUUUUUGUAUGGGAAGCCCUUCAAGACACAACCCUCAUGAUACUUGCUGUUUGUGCCUUAGUCUCUUUGUUAGUUGGCAUAGUAAUGGAAGGAUGGCCUAAGGGCGCACAUGAUGGAAUUGGUAUUGUUGCAAGCAUAUUGCUUGUUGUGUUUGUCACUGCCACGAGUGAUUACAGGCAAUCAUUACAGUUUAAAGAUCUAGAUCGGGAGAAGAAAAAGAUUACAAUUCAGGUCACGCGAAAUGGAUUCAGACAGAAGAUUUCAAUAUAUGAUUUACUUCCUGGUGAUAUUGUCCACUUAAAUAUUGGAGAUCAGGUCCCUGCUGAUGGACUCUUCGUGUCAGGUUUCUCUGUGUUGAUAAAUGAAUCAAGUUUGACAGGAGAGAGCGAACCAGUGAAUGUCAAUGAUCGAAACCCUUUUCUUCUUUCCGGAACUAAAGUCCAGGAUGGAUCUUGCAGGAUGCUUGUGACUACUGUUGGAAUGAGAACACAGUGGGGAAAACUAAUGGCAACUCUAAGUGAAGGGGGAGAUGAUGAAACUCCCUUGCAGGUUAAGCUCAAUGGCGUAGCUAACAUUAUUGGGAAAAUAGGCCUUUUCUUUGCUGUUGUGACGUUCAGUGUUUUGGUCCAAGGACUGUUUAGCCGCAAACUACAAGAAGGGUCCCAUUGGAAGUGGUCUAGCGGUGAUGCUAGGGAAAUUUUGGAAUUCUUUGCCAUUGCUGUUACUAUUGUUGUUGUUGCGGUUCCUGAAGGUUUGCCAUUAGCUGUAACAUUGAGCCUUGCUUUUGCUAUGAAAAAGAUGAUGAGUGAUAAGGCUUUAGUCCGUCAUCUGGCUGCUUGCGAAACAAUGGGAUCUGCCACUACUAUUUGUAGCGACAAGACUGGCACUCUCACCACUAAUCAUAUGACUGUUGUGAAGGCUUGCAUAUGUAGGAAGAUAAAGGAUGUAGGUAGCUCUAGAAUCUCUUUUGAUUUCUUGACUGACAUUCCUGAUUCUGCUAUGAGAAUUCUCCUUCAAUCAAUAUUUAACAAUACUGGAGGAGAAGUUGUCAGAGACAAAAAUGACAAGAUUGAGAUUCUGGGAACGCCAACUGAGAGUGCGCUAUUAGAAUUUGGGCUAUCCCUUCGUGGUGAUUUCCUUCGGGAACGACAAAUGUCAAAAAUUGUGAAAGUGGAACCCUUUAACUCUCUCAAGAAGCGCAUGGGAGUGGUUCUAGAGCUUCCUGAUGGUAGCUUCAGAGCACAUUGCAAAGGUGCUUCCGAGAUUAUUCUUGCUGCAUGUGACAAGGUUAUAGACUCUAAUGGCAAGGUCGUUCCACUUGAUGAAGAAUCCAUGAAGGAGUUAGAGAAUACAAUCGAAAAAUUUGCCAGUGAAGCUCUGCGA